AUGGCUACUUCACAACACAAAAAAGAUGGCUCACCUUCAAAUCCCCCUUCUUCCUCCACCCCUCACAAAACUCAACCUGGAAAAAAACAGAAGAAGCUCCUUGACUCCAACAUGUCAAAUCCUCGUCUUCUUCUUAACCGGCCUUGUAUCUAUGAGCGCCGGCUCCCCGGAAAUGCAUACAUCACAGCUCAUAUCCAGCGACUCCAACAUGGCUACUACUCCAGUACCACCAUGUCAGAUGUUGACGCCCAAAAUGUGGAUUUUCUCGCCAUUAGCUUCGUGUUUCAUGCCACUAACACUCAGACUCAUCGAUUCAAAUCUGCCACAAUUCGAGUCUCCAUUCAUGGAGAGAGACAGCGUUCUUCAUCCUCUUCCAGCUCCGAUAAAUCUCCAUCUCCCAAUCCUCGAUUCCUAAUGCAUGCACCCCAUCUCAUCUUCGGUGCUGUAUCUCCAGAGACUAUGCAAUGGACAUUCAGUCUUGCUGGAUCCCUCGGUAUCUCGGAAGCCCCAGUCAGCGCCAGUGUGAUUCCCUCCGGAAGUUUGAACAAGCAAUUCCGACGAUAUGAAAUGAUGCGCAUCCAAGGCUCAUCUCGCACGUUGAAGAGUUCCCGUGGUCCCCGGUACGAUGUUGAAGCAGGCGAGAUCUUUUGGUCUCUCGAAGAGAAUACCCUCCAGCGCUCCGGACUUCCUCGCGAGUUCACAUUCGUCAUGCUUAUCCAGAAGCAACACGCAAACAGCGAUAUCAAGUUCCAGCUGGAUAUUGACCCUGUUCUGCAAUCCUGGUAUGGGAGUUAUCCCAAUUGGGUACUCUCGUUGCCGAGUUACCAGCCUUUGGUUCGUCGCGAUGUAGACUUUCAGCAGGAAAUUGGACAAAAGUUUGCGCCGAUUGAUAAUCCCGAUCGCGGAUUUAAUUUUGCCGCGCUUGAAAAUACCUUCGAUGAUUACAUUUCUAUGCCUGGUCGGAGUUUCACGAGAACGGUAUGUACCUGA